UAGCUGCUCUAGGUGUGCUCGUGCAUAGAAUUAUUGUAAUCUUCUAAAACACGUGAUUGUUUCCCCGUUCGUUGCAUUACCCCCGGGUGUGUGGGGUGGUUGUAAUUACGCUGGCAACCUGGACGCAUAUCGCAUUGUGUGUCCAUCCACCACCCACACGGAAGUGAAACGUAAUGAGUCAAUCGGGUCCCAUCGGCAGCAACGGCAUGGGUGUGAAAUCUGACUCCGGCAAGGACGCCCCACAAGGGGGCGUUAGCAGUGAUAACAAUGCGCAGGGUGGAACUGGUGUGCAUGUCCCGCCCAGCGUCACCGCCCUCGAAGGGAACAACAAUGGUCAGUCGGUGGCACUGAACGGUGUGCCGGGAUCGGCCGGUGGAACACCAACCAACGGUGGCAACGGCAGCAUCAGCAACAACAAUUUGCCACCACAUCCACACCACCAUAAUCAACACCUUCAUCAACAGCAGCAGCAGCAGCAUAACCACCAUCACCAUCAUCAUCUGCCGAUGCAGCAGCAAAGCAACGAUGGUAGCGUUUCGAUAGCAACGGGUGACAGUGAAACGGGUAGCUUCUACGACCAAAAAACGGACCUUUCUUCACAUCACCUGGAGGACGAGGAUGGUUUGGGCCCGUUACCACCAAAGUGGGAGAAAGCGUACACGGACAGUGGCGAAGUUUAUUUCAUUGAUCACAACACCGGAACGUCACACUGGUUGGAUCCACGGCUGUCCAAGUUUCAGAAAAAAUCGCUCGAAGACUGCCAAGACGACGAGUUGCCGUACGGAUGGGAAAAGAUAUGCGAUCCACAUUACGGCACGUACUACAUCGAUCACGUCAACCGAAAGACGCAGUACGAGAACCCGGUCCUGCAGGCAAAACGUAUGCAGGAACGUGGCAGCUCUUCGACGAUGCUCACGGUGGAUGGGAAUGGACCCGGUGCACUUGACGCAGGGGGACAGCUGGGACCGAACGGCAACGGUGGUGCAACUGGCGGUGUUGGGGGCGUCGGUGGACGUGUGAAUCAUUUCACCAAGAACCCGGCCAGUCUGCGUGGGGAGCGAUUAAUGACGACGCUGGUGAAAUCCAUCCGCGGCUUGGGGUUCACGAUCGUCGGCGGUGAUGACAAUGUGGAGGAGUUUCUGCAGAUCAAAUCGAUCGUACCGAACGGGCCGGCUUGGAUGGAUGGUCAGCUGAAGAUGGGCGACGUGCUGGUGUACGUGAACGAUAUUUGCGUGCUAGGCUUCACGCAUCACGAGAUGGUGAACAUUUUUCAGUCCAUAUUGCCCGGCGAGGAGGUACAUCUGGAUAUAUGUCGGGGUUACCCGCUACCGUUCGAUCCGAACGAUCCCAACACGGAAGUGGUGACGACGAUCGCGGUCGACGGUUUGGUACAGAAUGGUGGAGCCGUGAUAGCGGACGGCGAGUUAAAGUUUCUGGAAAACGGUGGCUUUAUGGUGGAUCACUCGUCGGCCGGUUCGGAUGUGCAGCAGAAGAAUCCACUGGCAAAAAUACAAUCGUCCGCGAUGCAUGGUAAUGGGCCCACAAUCACGUCCAAUGGGGGUGAUGUUUACUUCAACGAUACGCUGUCGUACCAGCAGCAUUACAACAAGGGCAAACAGUACGAUCUAGUGCCGGAGAUACUGCACAUUAACAUCGUGAAGAGUGAUAAUGGGUUUGGGUUUACCAUCACGGACAGUUCGUACGGGCAGCGAGUGAAGAAAAUCCUCGAUCGACAGUGUUGCAAGAACCUGCAGGAAGGCGACGUACUGUUGAGCAUUAACUCGAUCCCCGUGAAGGACAUGAGCCACAAUGAGGUGGUGCAGGUGCUGAAGGAUUGUCCGAAGAACAUCGAAACCACACUGAAGGUUCAGCGAGGGCCGGGUGCCGCCGGUGGUAUGCUGGUUGGUCCCGGAGCAGUAUCCUCUUCUUCGCUACCCGCAAGCAGCAAACUGACAAACAAGUUGCGGAAGAGUAUAGAGAUGGCCAAAUUUGGUGGUAACGGUGGAAUGUUGAAAAAGGACGGUCCGGGAAAUUUGUUUCGCAGCAAAACACCAACGGCUGAUCUUUACAGUACGCAGACGAAGGAAAUUUUACCCACAAGGCCAAAAACACCGCUCGUCGAUACGCGUGCCCGUGCCAAGACACCCUCGUUGCCUUUGGCCGAGCUUAAUGCGGAGGAGAUAGAGUUGGACGGUGUUGGUGGUGGUAAGAGUGUGACCGAAUCCAAGCUGGAGCUGAAUAUGAAAUCUAACAGUAGCACACACGAUAACGAUUCCAUUGCGAAUGAUAUUGGUCUGUAUCAUCACCAUCACCAUCAGCUGCAUGGGGACGAUCCGUUCCAGCAUCAUCUGCAGCAUCCGGGGCACAUGAAGCACCAGAAUCUGGCGGAUCGCUUAGGGGAGCUAACGAUCGGAAGCUCGAACAACAGUACGAGUGAUACGGCCAUCUACCACAACCAUGGGCAGUCGGGAAACCAUCAGUAUCAGACCGGUGGCUUCCACCAAACCAACGCCAUGGGAGGACCGGGAGGUGGUGGUGUGAAUGGUCCACCGGGUGGUGGUUACAAUCAGCUAUACUCGCCACCCCUUGUUCCUCCACCACCGGUACCGCCGCUUGGACAAGGGCCGUAUCAUCACGAUAACUGCUUCUGCUAUGAUUGCCAAGACUUCCGCCAACAGCAGCAGCAGCAGCAACAGCAUCACAUCCAGCAGCAGCAGCAACAACAUCUCAUGAAUCGCCAAUUUUCCGCCCAGCAGAUGCACCAGAUGAAUCCCUCACCGCACGGGACGUACAGCCUUCCGCCGCAAAUGAGUGACAACAUCGGCAAGCGGUUGAACGAUUAUUUGAUGGAUCGGAAACGAUCUAUGCAACAGACGGGUAAUCCCGGUCCACCGGUCGGUCCGAUUCCACAGUAUGACAACCUUUACCUUCCUCAUCACCAUCCCCUGCAGCAGCAGCAGCAGGGUGGUCCACCGCAUCCUCCCAUGCACCAUCUGCAACAGUCGCCUGGCGGUGGCAACGGGAUGUCGCUGUACGACACACAGCAGCAACCACCAAUGGGUUCCCAUUUCUACGGCAAUCCAGUGCCCAGUUUGCAUGGUCCACCCGGGAACAGCUGGAAGAUGGUGGCGCCCGGUCAGCAACAGCAACACUCGCCAUCGCAACAUCCGCACCACAACAUUUACGGCGGCCCGGGAAUGGGUGGGAAUAACGGGUACGGUGGUGUCCACCAUGGGCUCGAUGAAUACAGCCUGACGGAGGUGACGCUCGAACGGCAAGCGCUUGGGUUUGGCUUCCGCAUCGUAGGCGGCACGGAGGAAGGCUCACAGGUAACGGUGGGCCAUAUUGUGCCUGGUGGUGCCGCGGACAAGGAUACACGUAUCGCUACCGGUGACGAGAUACUGAACAUUAAUGGAGUUAAUGUGGAAAAUGCCUCUCAUCAUCGUGUAGUGCAGCUGAUGGGUGAAGCGGGUCUCCGGGGACAGGUGACCAUGAUUCUACGGAGGCGACAACUCUCAAAACCAAUGGUCCCACCGCCACCACCUUUGCCACCGAAUCCUCGCUACCCUUACAAUGUUCUUGUGACGCGGAAAGAAAACGAAGGAUUUGGGUUCGUCAUCAUCUCGUCAUCUGGCCAAUUUUUGGGCUCAUCCAUCGGUGAUCUCAUUCCGGGCAGUCCGGCCGAGCGGUGUGGUGAGCUGAAGAUAGGCGAUCGCAUUAUCGCGGUUAACUCGAUCGACAUUACCGGCAUGAGCCAUAGCGAUGUGGUCAACCUGAUCAAGGAGUCCGGUUUGCAGGUGAAGCUAACGAUCGAUAGUCCGCGCGAUGGUAUCAUGCAUCCGGCGAUCGGAUCUCUCAUUCAACCGAGCGUCCCAACGUCCGUCCCGAACGGAAUCGGUGGGACUAUAAAUGGUGGCGGCGGCGGUCCAAUGCUUAGCUCCAACACGGAUCUGUACGUGAGCAGCAACAGCACUGUGAGCGGUAGCAAUGGACCAACCAUCAACCGGUAUCCGGCAAUAAUUUCCUGAUUGAGGAUACGGCUGCAACAGCAGCUGGCCGAGCGGCAUCGUACGCUUGCCCAGCCGCCAGACUCGAUGGAUGAGAAGUAAUGCACUGCUCGUCCACGACAAACAUUAACCAAAGUCAUAGACGUCACCGUGUGGUGUUGUGCUACCGAUUAAGUAUCGAUUUAUUUGCCCUCAACUCUAAUGACGAAAGCGGACCCUUAAUUAAGUCGUUUUUUUUUAUCUGACAUCCAAUUUGUCCCAAAAAACCUGGGUGAAAUCGCGAGACAAUUAAUUUUAACGCAACUACCUACCUGCAUCGGUUACCAAGUUGUGUGUCAUUGAAUAACGUUACGUACGCAUGUACCGUACGUGUGGCGCACCGAGCAUGAGUUAUGAAAUUUGCUUCACAUUACUUUAACCUUCCUUUUUGCUAUAUGUGCUGCGCGCUCCGCUCUGUGGGAAUCUGUUGCAAAAUUAUCUCAUCGAUUCUAUUGUUUUGUUCUGUUAUAGUUUUACCCUUUUCUUUUCACAGCACAGUUACACGGUAGCCCAAAAAUACGUGCCAAUGCAACAACGCAGUGUGUCAUUGUGCCACGAUAUGGGAUGACAGGUGUGUCAUGCAAGAGUUUUGAAUUCGUGCUAAAUAAUUUGGAACACUGAACAUGUAUGGGAUAAUAUUAACGAUGUUCAAUUUCAAUCCUUUUGAAGAAGUGUUAACAUGACAUUUUAAAAAUUCUUUGCAGACAAAUGGAACCCUGGGAUCGAACUUGUCAAACAAACGCGAAAUUGAACAAGACAGAUUGAUUCUGUAUGGCAAGUUUGAUUAUCGCUUAGAAAUUAUCUACACGUGCGCAAUCCGUAUGGAACAAGCCUAUAUUUUUUGUUUGAUUUUGUUCUAGCAUUUUUCACACGACUGUUGACAGAGCACUUCGAACAGAGUUAUAUUUGUCGUGUUUGUCUGACUGUUGAUUAAGCGCUGCGUGGAUUUUGGUACCAGUCCCAUCGUGUGAUAUACCUCUGAUGUGGUCACGAUGUUUUCUCUAUUUCCUAGCAAUAAUCUGGCACAUCUAGAAAGGAAAAAAAAGUAAUUCAGAUCCGGUUCUCGAAAAAAAAAUCUCCAGGUUUCAUUUUAAAGUUCACCAAAAAUUAAAGCGUCACUUACAAAUGGCGCGGAAACCCUGUCGUCUAAUCCCCAUAUUUGUCUUCCACUUUUAUAUGAUCCUUAUGUAUAACUAGUAUCAUUUGUUUUUUUUUUAUGAAAACAAGACAGCUUUAUUAUUUCUUGUUUAUGUCCUACCUACCAAUUUAAGAUAAGAUUAGCCUUCUCAUGUUGAAUCUACAGCGCCUCCCAAAAGACCUCAUGUUUGGAAACUGCUCACUCCACCACUAGGCGUACACAACACUCCUCGGAAAAGGAAAAGACUGGAGGCAACCGAUGUACUCUGUUAGAAAUGAGAGCGAAAACAAAUGCAAUCCAUCCUGUGAAACAAAAUCUUGCCUUACACCACUUUUUUAAGCAAAGUAGUGCGAUUGUUAACAAAAACCAAUGAAACGUUUAGACCGUGAGCUCAAUAUAUACACCUGUUUGAAGGAACGUUUGUACGAGAACAAGAAAACAAAAGAAAAGUGUGCUUUUUGCAAAACCGUACUUAGGCGAAACGUUUUAUAGGAAACAUUUUACCGCGACGUGCGUCGAUAAUAGUUGUUUGAUACCGGUUGCAUUUAUGCGUGAUGAAAUGAUCUUACUGUUCGGAUGCGUACGUAUUUAUAUGUAGACGAUUGCAUACAAAAAAAAACAUAUAAAAUUUGUCCAUAUCUACGUGCUUAUAAUGUACUUGAUAAAGCUCAUAUCGAAGAAUCGAUCGAUUCAAACUGAACAAACAAAAAUAACAGUAUAUUUAAACAGGUAUAGCCAAUGCGAACCGUGCAGCCAGAUUCUAGAAACGAUAAGCGUAUGUGUACCUUGUGUGUCUCAAAGAAAACUUAAUUAGACGGAUAUAGUUGUUGUAUUAGGUUAUAAAGGUUGUACAUAGAAGCGUUACAAGUAUUUUACUCAACUACACUUUACUUUUACCUUUUCGCGUAGCUAGAGCAUUACCUUACCUAACACCACCAAGCCACAUUUUGUUAUGCAGACGAAACAAAGGCUUCUCGGUAGUGUUGGUCAGUUUGGGGCUAUCCAUUUUUAUUAAAUUACAAUUUGUUUACCAACUGGUAGUAUUUGUAAUUUGCUCAGCCUUACCACUCCCGCCAGUUCGAUGUAUAUAGUGAAGUAGAUGCAACAAAAUUGCGACCAGAAACAUCACGAACUAGAACUGAAAACGUGAAACCAUAAGCGGAUGUCAAAAUCAAAUCAAGUGCCUCCCAUUUUUUAUUGUACGUUACAGAGAGAUCGAGAGAGAUAGAGUAGAAAAAACAAAGGGAACGUUGCGUUCCCGUACCCGACUAGUUCUAGUUGCAUUUUAUAUUUGUUUAUGUUAUGUAGUAGCAUAGAAGAAUGAUCCCUGUAGUGCUAGUGAUAAAAACCCUCAAUUUUUGGUAAUUAACCGCUCCUUUUAGCGAUAUCCGAUACUAGGAACGACUACAGCAAAGUUAACAGAAAAGCAUUAAGCGAGCUGUUUAUACCUGUUUUUGCUAAUAACGGAAGCAAUGUUGUUUGUGUAAACAAUUUACGACGUACUAUUUCGAGUUAAGUUAUUUGUUAAGCAGAUAGGGUAUUUGAGUAACUGUGCACAUAACACACGAUGCCAGUUAUUACAUCUUAAACACGAACUUAACAAUUACCGGGUACGAAUGGUAGCAUAUUGUGGAACGCAGUUUUCUUAUCGAUCGCGGAACAAUCAGGCGAGUUGUCGUUGAUGUAGAGCUAUUUAAUUACAGAUUUUAAGUAGAAAGCAAUACGUAUGUAAACCCCCUGAUACAUGUUACACGAAGAAGCUCAUUAAACAAACAAUAAAUAAAGCAAGUAGUUGAA